AUGCCCGACGACGACGACGACCUGUACGCGCACACCGAAGAUGGCGCCGCCUCCGAAGGCGACGAGGACUUUGCCCUCUCGCCGGCGGACGGUUAUUUUGGCGGCUCGUCGCGCGACGACGACGAGCCACGGAGUGGUCCCCAGCCUGCCGGGCAGAGCCGCACGUCGGCAAACGUGCCCAUCGUCCCCAACAUCAUGGUGGUCGACCCGACGCUGCGCCCGAGCGCGACCGCCGAGGCCAAGGCUCGCGAGGCGGCCGAGUCGGCGUCAGGCACUCCUGGCUCUGAGCCUCCAUCGCAGUCCGUCUCGGACCCGUCUCCGGGACGGCGUGGCUCUGACUCGUCGCAAUCACAUGCACAGGUUGAGUCCGGCUCACCAGCGUUCGACAGAGGAAGCGAGGAGGGCGCAACAAAUCUGCAGAACGCCGCUCGCCAUCACCCUCCUCCCAGCGACGCGUCGCCAUCAUGGCAACGGCCGGCACCGGCGACGCAGCCUACCCAUCACAGUCGUGGCCACGGCCCCAUGCAGUACCUCGAUGCGCCGCCGGCCUACUCGCCACGUCCUGGGCCGUCCUAUGGGGCCAUCGCGCACAGCUCGACAGCCGUCUCGUCGCCGGCUCACGACGUCUUCACCCCGAGCGAGCAGCAGCCGCUGCUGUCGACCACACCUCACUCACUGACCUCGCAGUUCCCCGAGGUUGCCUCGCCUAGCCUUUUUCGAAUGCACUUUGACUGGACCGCCGGGGGCAAGGCGUUCAAAAAGCGAGCUGUCCUCCUACUCGUCACACUAGUACUACUCGUCAUCGCCGUGACCAUCUUGAUCGGCCUGUUGUUAGGCUCCUUGCCUCAGAACCAUGAAUACAUCGAGGAACCUGUGAAGCCCCCGGGCGCUCCCGACGGCGACAUGCUCUGGAGGCCGCUUCCCAGCUGCCGACAAAAAAGCAAUAGCCGUCUCGCGGUAGGGCAAAGCUAUCACUUCGAUGCCCAUCGGAACCUCACCAUACUCCAGCUCACCAAGGACGGGACAACGUCCUCCGGACGAGCCAUCCAGACGUUUGGCGAACUCAUCAUCCGUCCCGCCACGGGAUCAUUCUUUCCUGCAGGCUACUUUGCCGUCGAGUCCAUGGCCAAUCACGACUCCUUGGGUUUCACCUUUAGUCUCGACCCGGACGACGGCGCGCUCAAGGUGGCGACACCUGGAACGAUCCGCAACUGGCAGGACCGCGAUGCGGAGCCUUGCAUCCAGCUGCGCAUCAUCCUCUAUGUACCUCGCGAGACGGUGCUGCAAGCUCUCGACAUCCAGACGCAACAUCUCGACGUAGGUAUUGAAGCGGGUACGAUUAUGUCCGUCGCGGAAGACGUCCAGAUCUUGACAUUUUCGGGUGAUGUUACAGCCCCGGCGAGCUCUCGGAACGAGAGCUUUGCGCCGUACAGGCUGGAAGCUCCCUCCAUUGUCGUGCAGAGCCUGACCGGCCAAAUUCGUGGGUGGUUUCCUCUGUAUGAGGACCUCGCACUCAUCACGAGGUUUGGCAACAUUGCGGCGACCAUCGGCCAAAAGCUGCCAAGGUCUCGGCAAUCGACUCCUUCCACAUUGGCCUUGACGUCCUUGCACGGCAACAUUUCCGCCCAAGAGCUGAGCCAGUCGCCCGCUGUGGAUGUGCGGCCACGCGAUCACAAAGUGGCCAUUGAAACAGAGACGGGCCACAUCUGGGCCGAGACGCUCUACAGCUCUUCUGCUCAUAUCAAGUCGAUCGACGGGAGUCUCAACGUAUCUCUCACGCCGGCGUUCGACGCGGAUUGUAUCAAAUGGGGAUACGACUUCUGCACAGUCCUGACGGAAACCAAGUCUGGCACGUCACACGUCCUGAUCAACGCACCCUCCCGCGCCGACGUGUCUGGCCUCGAAGCACCGACACCCAAGCAAGAGAGCGAGACCCUCGACGAUGCCUCGGCAUACGAGACACGCUCCAACGCCUCCGCGCUUCACUCCUGGCACGCGUCUUCGAGCGGAGAUUUAUUCGCCAUCUACCCGAGUGAAUGGGAAGGGACCAUCAUGGCGUCGACAUUCACCGGGCACAUGAACUACACCGGCAAGGGCCUCGUAAUGAAACCCUGGGACGCCAUCAACAAGAGGAUGAAGGGGGUUAAGGGGGACGGCGGAUCUAGAAUGAUCGUCGUCAGCAGGGAGGGCAACCAGAGGGUCACCUUUGGCAAUGGACCGUUAUAA